AUGGAAAAGUCGCUGAAGCUUGGCAUGCAGGUGCAGCAGGCGGUGAAUAUAACUCUACUUGACAUAAAUGAUAAUCGUCCUAUUUGGAAGGAUGAACCAUACUUAGCCAAUGUGGUCGAAAUGUCACCAGUUGACACAGAUGUUAUCACAGUGUCAGCUUUUGACCCAGACCGGGCUGAGAAUGGUACUGUAAUGUAUGCCAUCAACCCUCCCAAUCCAUUCUACCGAAUCAACAGGACCACAGGGAAAAUCCGCACGUCUGGAGUAGUGUUGGACCGAGAGAAUACAGACGCCAAGGAUGCUGAGAUGAUGAGGAAAAUUGUUGUGUCAGUCACAGACCGUGGGAGGCCUCCCCUACAAGCUAGCAGCAGCACCGUCGUUACUGUGAACCUGCUGGAUCUCAAUGACAAUGACCCAAUUUUCCAAAACCUCCCAUUCACUGCCGAAGUGCCAGAGGAUCUGCCGGUUUCUUCGUCCAUUUUCCAGGUAAAUGCUUCCAGGAUGCAGUAA